CGGGAGGUCGUUCGGAAUCGUGACGGAUAACGCACACGAGGAGAACAUGAAAUAUCACAUAGACAGUUCCGUUUUCAAUUUUAACUGGAAACAAGUAGCCAUCUCUUUUUGGCAGAGAUACCCAAACCCCUUCGCUAAACAUGUGCUAUCAGAGGAUGUUAUCUCAAGAAGAGUGGUCGGGCAAGAACUUCAUACCAAACGUCUGCUGUCUAAAACGAACAACAUGACACAUUUUGUGAAAAAGUUUUCAAGAGGCGAAACUUUUACAUUUGUGGUGGAGGAAUCUAUCGUAGAUCCCAUUCGUAGACUUAUCACGACAUACACAAGAAACGUUGCGAUGCAAAAUAUAGUAUCUGUGGAAGAGAAAGUAGUGUACAAGCAGGAUCCCCAAAACAAGAACAUGGUGGUAUGUGAAAGAAAAGCAUGGAUUUACUCCCCGUUACGAUUUGGAGCAAGUGGCCCAGUGUGUUCUUUCGUACAUCAAAGGUUUAAAAAUAAUGCAGUAAAAGCUUCAAAUGGAUUUAGAUUUGUAUUAGAGAACAUGUUCUCCCCAAACGAGCAGUCUCAGUCUGCCAACAUUCCUGGACAGAUUUACAUGUCAAAAGAGAUGAUGACAGAAGGGGCCAAAAAGGCAACUGAGUAUGCAAAGAAACACCCCAAAGUCUUAAUCAGAUGAGAUUUCAUCAACUCUCACGAGAUUCGAUUGGUGCAAACAUAACAGUCAUUGCAGCACUCGAUGUUGCAAUACCACAAAAAUGCAUUUUUGAAUUUUCAUUAACAUGUGUUAAUUAAGUUCUGCUUUGUGAGUGAUUAUUACUGUGCUAUUACCAUUUCAUUUAUCAUUAAAUGAUAACAAAUUAG